AUGCCUUCUAUAGAUGACGAGUUCGCAGACGUGCAGGACUGGCUUAACGAGGAUAGUUUUUGGCAGCCAACGCCUAUGCGAGUCCAACAGCCUAAUGGAUACGCUCCAAGCCAUAGCAUGGCUGGUUUCAAUCUGCACAACGGCAACGCAUAUGCUCCUGGCAAUGGCAUGGCGAACGGCAACCUACAAGGGUUCUACGCGUAUCCCCCUGGAGGCAGCACCCAGUGCGGAAAUGCUCCUGGACAAAUGUCCAUGAGCUGGGAAGCACGAGCUGCUGUGCACCAAUUUCCAGCCCAGAACUUGCCCCAGCAGCAGUGGGGCCAGGGGUUUGUAGGCGCUGCCCCGUCACAGCAGCAGCCGCAACAGUGUAACCAGGCAUACAACCUGGCUUCUUCUGGGCAAUUUGCCCAGCAAUAUAACGCACCUUGGGGUCUGCCGGCGGCUGGCCCGUCACACCAGCCGCUCCAGCAGCACAGCCUGGAGCAGCACCAUGGCCAUUCCGGGCACAGGGCCCAGGUCUAUAAUCAGCCUUGGGAUUCGACAGUGGCUGGCCCGUCAUACCAGCCACUCGAACAGGGUGACCAGUUCUUUCCCGAGUUCCUGCCUGUUGCCCUGUCACAGCAACAGUAUGCCCAGGCCCAGUUCAGGGAUGAAGUGACGGAGGCACCAGUAGCCCCUCCAGUCAUUGACCUGACUGGUUGUCCUUCUUCUCCCUUUUCUCCCCCGUCUUCCCCUGCUCCCACUACUCCUCCUACUCCUUUGCCUGCUCCCGCUCCCCUGCCACCACCAGCCGCAGGCGCAGAAAGCCCGGUGCCAAAGCAGCCCACAAGGGAGCGAAUCACCUACCUACGGAAGAACAUCAUCCAACACCGCAACGACUACCCCGUCGCCUGCACCCUCUUCGAGAGCUGGGACAAGCUCACCAAGCAGCAAAAGCAGCGCUACUGUUCCGACUACUGGCCCAGCAACGAAGCCGCCCUCGCCAACCUCCAUGAAAUGGCCAAGCUGAGCCCCCAAUUCCCAGUCAUAUACACCCACAUGAUCCAGCACGCCGCCGCCGUCCAAGCCGCACUUGCCCUCACCAACGAAGAAGACCGCAACACUGCGCUCGCCGACGCAGAGACGGCACACGCAGCACGAACCGCAGAGUUGCAGGCAAGUUGCAACAUUGCCAUGAAGCUGAGGAGCCUGGAGGAGGAGCGCGGACAGUACAGGGCGCUUCGGACAACCAUCCGCGGCAAGAAGCAGGGUAAACGCAAGAUUGCACACCGACAAGAGAUAGCAGCGACGGUGGCAGUAUUGGACGAGGAUAUAGCGGCUAUGCGGACGGAUCUGGCGAUGACGGUUGCGCAGCGCGAACAGGCGAUGCACAGGAGGCGGGAGAUUAGGAAGGCGAAUCUUGCAAGGCGGAAGGCAGAGGGUCAACAGGCGAGAUUGGAGAAGCAGGAAUGUCAGAAGAUGGAGAAGGCGGAGAAGGCGGCGGGGAAGAAGGGAGGUCGUGGUGCGGGUGGGAAGCGCAAGAAUCGGGAUGAAGGGGUUGUGGAUGCGCCUUCGUCGAAGAGAGUUAGGGCCGAGGAGCCAGAACAGGAGAUCAGGAGCGAAGAGGCAGACGAGGAAGGCUCGUUCCAUGACGCAGACGACUUGUUUACUCGGUUUUUCGAGGAUGAGGACGAAGAAGACGAGGAUGAGAUGGCGUCAGGGCAAGAGGUCUCCUCCCCCAACGUCCACGACGCCAUCGUUCAAAGCAUAGAAGACGACUCAGACGACUCAGACGACUCAGACGACUCAGACGACUCGAUCCAACCAGAACACGUCUCCUCCCCCAAACCCUCCGCCCUGACCGCACCAUUCGCCACAGACUCAGACGCCGACUCAGACGAGGAUGAAAACACACCUCCUCCGCUCUCCGCUCUGCAAUCCCCAGUCGCACUCUCCUUCUCCGCUACCGUACAGCAGUCAAUAGAAGUCUUGGACUGGGACUCGGACUGGGACGCAGACGCAGACGCAGACACAAAUGCAAAUGCAGACGCAACCGCAACCGCAACCCCAUACCCCACCAAACCACCCACCCGCGCGCCCAGCCGAUGUGAUUCCCUCUUUGGAGACCUAGAGCUAGAGCUAGAUCUAUACCAAGACCAAGGGCACGGUCAAGACCAAGGGCAAGACAAGGAAAGCGUCAUCGACGAGGAUGAUUUCUUUGGCGGCGAGUUUGCAAAUGUAUGA